ACGUCCGAAUUCCGAACGUUCGUGAUACCGCGAGUAGCGGAAUAAAAGAAAAACUAUUCGUCAGUGGCCGACACCGAGCUCCGAAUGACGGUGCUGACUGUGCUGAGUAACAACUAUCAAAAUACGACAACAGUGAAUACGCGACGAGAGAAACGUAAUAGAAAAUAAAAACUUGCACGGCCGUUGCACGUGCAUUGAAUUGUUGAUCUGAUCCGUUGAGAUGAGCGCAUCGGGUAACUUGUCCGUCGGUCCCGAGACGGCGCGGGGUACAUGAAAACGCCGACAUCGGCCGAGGUACCGCACACAGUUGACCGCUCGUAAACAACGUAUAGUAAUUAAUUCCGAUAUUUUAAUUGCCAACUCACGGAAAUGCCAUGUCGGAAGUUGUGACUGAUUUAAAACUUUUAUCAGGCGAUAAUCGACUGAGACAGUUGGAAGCAUUAUUUUUAGGAGGUCCAAUACAAGGACAAGGAAAAUGUUUCAGUAUUGAAACCCUUUUAGAUGUUUUGCUUGUACUGUAUGAUGAAUGUAAUAAUUCAUCCUUACGCAGAGAAAAGACUGUAUCUGAUUUUAUAGAAUUUGUAAAACCUGUGGCAUUAUGUGUUAAGUCAUUGCGUUUGACUAGAGAUGAUUUUGAGACCAUCAAAGUAAUCGGCCGUGGAGCUUUUGGAGAAGUGUGUGUUGUGCAUAUGAAAGGAACAGAUAAAGUUUAUGCUAUGAAAAUUCUUAAUAAAUGGGAGAUGCUUAAAAGAGCUGAAACAGCAUGUUUUCAAGAAGAAAGAGAUGUUUUGGUAUAUGGUGAUCGUAGAUGGAUAACCAACUUACACUAUGCUUUUCAAGACGAAACAAACUUGUAUCUUGUCAUGGAUUAUUAUUGUGGUGGAGACUUAUUGACUUUAUUGAGCAAAUUUUUUGAUCGCCUUCCUGAAGAUAUGGCCAGAUUUUAUAUUGCUGAAAUGAUAUUAGCUAUUAAUUCAAUUCAUGAUUUACAUUAUGUUCACAGAGAUAUUAAACCUGAUAAUGUAUUAUUGGAUGCUAAUGGUCAUAUACGUUUGGCUGAUUUUGGAUCAUGUUUAAAAGUGGGUUCCAACGGUUUUGUUGAAAGCAAUGUUGCUGUUGGUACACCAGAUUAUAUAUCUCCUGAAAUAUUGCAAGCUAUCGAAGACGGACAAGGUUGUUACGGACGAGAAUGUGAUUGGUGGUCAUUGGGAGUGUGUAUGUACGAAAUGAUUUAUGGGGAAACACCAUUUUAUGCUGAAUCUCUCGUACAUACUUAUGCUAAAAUAAUGAAUCACAAGAAUUGUUUUGAUUUCCCAAAUGAUCAAGAAGUACAAGUUUCCGAAGAAGCAAAAGAUUUAAUGAAAAAACUUAUUUGUAGUGCUGAACAAAGACUAGGUCAAACUGGCAUCAAUGACUUCAAAGAACAUAAUUGGUUUAUCGGUGUCGAUUGGGACACUAUUAGAGAUAGUGUAGCACCGUAUAUUCCUGAAGUAUCUAGUCCAACUGAUACCAGUCAUUUUGAUGUGGAAGAAAUUGAUAUUAAAACUGAUAUUUUUCCUCCUACUCCUUCAAAUCCUAUAUUUUCUGCUCUACAUUUACCUUUUAUUGGUUUCAGUUUUACUCAAAAUAGUUUUGUAUCAGAUCUUGGAUCUAUUGGAAAGUCUCUUUCAUCAGGAAAAACGACUAAAAGAAUGCGAUCUCAAGAAGGAAAAAGUGAAGUAGAAGAUUCAGAAGAUCAAUUAAAAAAAUAUAAAGAAAACAAAAAAACUCACAACGCUUCUUUUGGUGAUGAAAAAGAAUUGGAUAUUAUAAUAAAAAAGUUUCAACAGGAAAAAGAAGAACUUCAAAAGGAAAAACAAGAAACACAAGAGAAAUUAAAAGCUCAAGAAAUAGAAUUGAUGGACGCCAUGGGACAAAAAAACAAUGCAAUGACUGAAUAUGGUCAUGUAACUAAUAAGUUAUCUGAACUUAGGCAACACAAACAAAAACUGUCAAGACUUGUUAGAGACAAAGAGGAAGAAUUAGAAGAAGCCAUGUCCAAAAUAGACAUAUUACGUCAAGAAGUUCGUCGUUCAGAAAAAGUUCGUAGAGAGCUUGAGAGUCGAUUAGAAGAAUCUGUAGCAGAAGUCAUUAAUGAACGUAAACUACGUGAAAAAAAUGAAGAAAUGUAUCAUCAAUAUAAGGUUGAAAUUGAAAGAUCGAAUCCACCGUCAUUUGCUGGUAAUAAUUUUGAAACUAAUGAAAAUGCCAAUCAAAGAGCAAUGCAAGAAAUAAUUCGAUUGAAAGGAGAGAUUGAACGGUUAGAAGUAGAAUAUAAUGAAAAUAUCAGCAAAGAGCAAGCAAAAUAUAAUUUGGAUACAAACAAAUUGAAAGAUCAAAUAUUUGAAAAUGAAGUUAUUCAAAAAUCUUUAGAAAAAGAAAAAAAAGAGAGUAAUGAAAUAAUCCGUACAAUUGAAUUUGAACAUAAAAGAUUGAAAGAUGAAUUACAUGUUAAAAAACAGACUAUUAAUCAAUUGGAAUCUCAAAUAUCAGACAUAAUUCAAUGGAUUAGUGACGAAAAAGACGCUAGAGGAUAUUUGCAAGUUUUGGCAGCAAAAAUGAAAGAAGAAUUAGAGUAUUUAAAACAGUGUCCGAAUAACAAUGGUCAAUCAGCUUUAGAUAAUAGUUGGAGAAAUAGAAGAAGCCAAAAACUUGAUAAAAUGGAACUUUUAAAUCUUCAAAGUUCAUUGCAGUCAGAGAUUCAAGCUAAGCAAUCAAUAGGGGAAGAGUUAAGCAAGACUCGUUCAGAAUUGAUUGCAAUGCAAAAAGAAUUAAGAGAUUUUCAUCAGAGGUAUGAAUCUUUGGUAUAUAAUAUGAAAGAUAAAGAUGACAUGAUAAAGGAAUUACAAAAUCAGCUAGACGCCAGACAAUCCUUUUUAGGUCAAUCGUCAUGUUCACCGCUAUCCUAUUUAGAUCACUUUUUAAAUGAAUCUGCAACUGGAAAUAGUAAUAAAUCUAAUUUAAAUGAUAGUAUUGAUAGUUAUGACAGAAGUUUUGAUGAUAAUAAAGCACUGUCAAUUAGAAAGUCUAGUUUUUCAGAUUUCAAUAACACAAAUCCAAACAGUUUAAUUUCUGAAAAAGGAAAAUGUCAUCAGUUUGUUGUUCGAACUUUUUCUUCUCCAACCAAAUGUAAUCAUUGCACAUCAUUGAUGGUUGGCCUUGUUCGACAAGGUGUAAUAUGUGAGGUGUGUGGAUUUGUGUGCCACACAAUUUGUUCAGACAAAGUGCCAUUGCUUUGUCCAGUACCACCUGAUCAAACAAAACGACCAUUAGGAAUAGAUCCCACACGUGGUAUAGGUACUGCUUAUGAAGGUUAUGUCAAAGUGCCAAGAUCUGGUGGUGUUAAAAAAGGAUGGGUGAGACAAUUUGUGGUAGUGUGCGAUUUCAAAUUAUUCCUGUAUGACAUUUCGCAAGAUCGAAAUGCUUUACCUGCAGUAACUGUAUCUCAAGUGUUAGAUAUGCGUGAUCCGGAAUUUGCCGUUUCUUCAGUUAGAGAAUCUGAUGUUAUUCAUGCGGGAAAAAAGGAUAUCCCUUGUAUCUUUCGUAUAACUACUUCGCUUUUAGACCCACCUGGAGUCAAAAAUCAAACAUUAAUGUUAGCUGACACAGAAAGUGAAAAAAAUAAGUGGAUCGUCGCUUUAAGUGAAUUGCAUAGAAUAUUGAAAAGGAAUAAUUUACCCAAUACGACGGUAAUAUUUAAAGCAAAAGAACUCGUGGAUAAUACAAUUUCAAUUACCAAAAAUGCCAUGGCUAGUGCUAUAAUUGAUCCCGAUCGCUUAGUAAUAGGAACAGAAGAUGGUUUGUACUGUAUAGAUUUGGAUCAAUUAGAAAUCGCAAAAAUUGGAGAAGCAAAGAAAAUUUUCCAAAUAGAUUAUAUACCAGAAGAACAGCUUAUUGUUGUGUUAUCUGGUAAACAAAGACAAGUUCGUUUAAUCCCUGUGCGUGCUUUAGAUGGAGAUGAUGUUGAAUGGGUAAAAGUAGUUGAAAGUAAAGGUUGUAUCACAUUCUGCACAGGAUUGAUGAAGAAAUAUCCUGGAAUGACAAAUCUUCAGUAUUGUUUAUGUGUAGCGGUAAAACGACAGAAUACUUCUCAGGUGAUUAUUUAUGAGGUAACUAGGACUAAACUGAGGCAUAGGCGACUCAGAGAAAUAAUGCUACCAUCUCAAGCACAAAGUUUAACUGUAUUUACUGAUGGACGGUUAUGUGUCGGCUACCAUUCUGGCUUCAGUGUAUACCAUAUAACUGGAGAUCAUCAUCCAAUCUCUUUGGUACACCCGGAUAAUCACAUGAUGGGUUUCUUAUCAUACUCUGCAAUGGAUGCUAUCAAAGCAAUUGAACUUCCUAGGGGAGAAUUUCUACUCAUCUUCCAAUCUUUAGGUAUUUUUGUAGAUUCUCAAGGUCGGAAAUCAAGAGACAGAGAAAUCAUGUAUCCUAGUGAUCUUAUUGAUGCGAGUUAUUGUGAUGGUCAUUUAUUGAUAUACAGUGAAACCCAUAUAAAUAUAUUUAAUGCUGAUAGCGGUGAUUGGAUUCAGACUUUGAACUUAAGAAAUUCCCAUCCUAUUAAUAAUACUGGUUCAUUAACUGUGUGUUAUAUUGAUGAUUUACCAUGUAUAAUAUACUUGUCUAAUGUACACCAAAGAGAACUAAUCAAUAUCAGAUGGAGAGAUAUAUCUGGUAGUAUGUCAAUCCCACGUACCAGAAGAAGGUUUUCAAUGCGUGAAGGCCAAAAAGCAAUUCGAGGACCUGAUCGUAGGUCAAAAAUAAUAUCAGCUCCUACUAAUUUUAACCAUAUAAGUCAUAUGGGACCAGGAGAUGGCAUACAAAUUCAAAGAUUGCUUGAUUUACCUACAACAGUUGAGACAGCAGAUUCUAUGCCUCCAACUAAACCUCUUCAACCAUUUACUUCAACAACUAGUAAGCAUUCAUUUCAAAUUUCAAGAAGUCCGUCACAGCAACAUUCUACAUUAAGUGACAAGUUCAAAAUGGCAAGAGCAAAAUAUGGGAUUGACAUGACUCGUCAGUCGCCUGAAGAAAGUAAAAAUUUAAUAUUACGGUCAGAUAUUAAUAAAACUAUUUAUCAUCCAAUUGUUGGAUCAACUGCAAAAAGAUCAUACAUUAAAAAGAAAACAAUACUCCCACCAAGAACACCAGAAUCUUUUGGUUCUAAUUAUUCACAUCAUCAUUCAGAUACAGAUCUACCACCAAAUAUGUCUCAUUCGUUAAAUCGCAGCAUAUCAUCUUUAAAUGAAUAUAAAGAUCAUCAGAUUGGUAGCUCAAGGCAUUCUGUAGCUUCAAACAACAGUAGUAAUACCAGUACUCCACCGAGUCCAAAUCGUGAGCAUGGAUCAUCUAGUUAUGAUAGUUAAAUGUAUUAUACAUGUUUUUUAUCAAUAUGAUAGGUUAAACUAUUAUAGGUAUAAUGUGUUAUUUAAUAAUACUUUAGUGCAUUAACACGUAAAUAAAACUGUUGAUGAAUAUCAAAAAUCACUAAUAAUAGUAUGAUCAAUAUUUUUAAAUUAUUAACAUGCAAAAAUUUAUGAUGAAGUAACAUUUAAGGAUCUCUUUUUUCUUUCUAUUUCUUUUUCUAGUUUGCAUUUUUUGAAUUUAAUGAAUUACUUAAAAAGAAAAAUAAUAUUAAUAUCUAUUUAUUUUAUUUACGUAUAUAAUCGAAGUAUUUAUAUUAAAAAAAAUUAGGAUUUUUUAUUGUAUGCCAUUUUACAACAAUCAUUUUUUUAUAAUAUCAAGUUUUAAAUUCACAAAAUAAUUUUGAACAUAAAUGAAACAUUUUUAAGUUCAUUAAACAUUCAUAAUUAUCUUGAAUGUUAUUUGGAAUUAAUAAGAGUCCAAUUUAGAUUCUUUAAGAAUAAGAAAAUAACAUUUCACUAUGUUCUAUAUAUUAUUAAACAAUUCUGGUCAUAAAUUUUGAUUGAUUUUGCAUUUAUUUUUCAUCUAUUUUUAGAUGCUCAUCUUAAAUCUAGUCUUGAAUUUUCUAGUUUCUAAUCUUUUUUAAACUGUUAUUUCUUUCAUGCUGUUCAUUUUCAUCAUUAACACAUUGAUGGACAUACACAUUUUGUAGACUUUGUUCACCCUGUAUAAAACUAGAUAGUGCUAUAGCAUUAAACAUUUUAUAGAAUUUUUUUUUAUGAUCCAUGAAUGUUACUUGUUUAGCAUGUGCAUUUUUUUUAUAUAUAUUACAUGUUUAACAUUAAGGUCUUUUGCUAGAAUAGUGAAAAAUUUUUACAUUUGUCACCAUUGACAUAAUUUCAAUUUAGCAGCUUGCUAUAGUCCUAUAAGCCUAUUUGUCAUUGAGUUGGUGAUUUUAAAUAAUUUCAAUAUUUGCACAACAGCAAUAAAAUAGACAUUUGUUAUUUUCGGUUUUAAUAUAUAAUAUUUACCAUCUUUCAAGAAUAACUAAAAUCCAGUAGACUGUUCUUUGGGGGUACAGACAUUUACCUAAAACUCAGCACACGCUUAUGUAGUUAAGAUGCGCCCAACUAUUAUUUGAAUUAACUUAAGUUUCAUUUUGUGAAACAAUAACGAUCACUUGAUCAAUGUUUUAUUUAUCUCCAUCAAUGUGUCAUUUAUACGUAUAUUUUUACUCUAUUAUAAAAAUCCCAGACAGCAAUUAAAAACUAUUAUAUUUAUUUUUAAUUUCCAUAUUAUUUUUAAAGUGUUAUAAUUUUCUCACUGCUGUGUGGGAUACUUUUUAAAUCUAUUUAAUUAACUAAUAUUUAUGCUUAUAAUUAAUUAGUAAUUACAAUUACACAAUAUGUUAAAUAUUUAAAUGACCAGUGUUCAAAGGAUGAUUUGUUUAUUAUGUUGUUUCAUAAAUCAACAUAGAUAAAAAAAAGAUACAAUUCACUAUUAAUGGUUAAUUAACAAUAAAUAAAUAUAUAUAUUUUUUUAAUUGACAACAUUUAUUGUUGUAAACUAAAAUGCAUUUAAUGUUGUAACUAUUAAAAGUUAUAUAUUAUAAGUACUAUUUUAUAUAUUUUCAAUAGUGAAAAAAAUAUAUUAAACCUUUGUUAUCUUUGUGGGUUCAAGAGAUUUUGCGAUUAAUUUUAUAUAGAUUUUUUUCACCAAGUUGAUUGAUAAAUAAUCAAAUAAUCCACAUUAAUUAUACAAAACAAUAAAAAAGCAUUAUUUUUCUUUUUAUAUUUUAAUUUUAAAGUAAAUGAUGAGCAAUUUUAGUUUUAUAAUUUUACAUACUUUAAAAUUAGAAUAUAAAUAAAAAAAUUAUGAGGAAACACUGAUAAAAUUCUUACUUUUAAAUGUAUUAAUAGGUAAAUUAAAAUUAACAACACAAAAUGCUAAACUAAAAUUGGCUAUAUUGUAUGUCUAUAAACUAAAAUUAUUAAUACAUUAAUUGCUUAUGAAUGAAAUCAAAUUGAAAAUAAAUUAUAGAAUAUCAUAAUCACUAAAAGACCUUAAUAUUUUUAUACUAAUGGUCCUUGAACACUUGUCAUUACAAUAAUUGGCAUUUGUUGUAAAAAUCGUCAUUUUGCUCAUUUCUAUUUGUUAUUAUGUGUAAAACCCAGUGAAUGAACAAACAAAUUUGUUUUUUUUGUACAAAUAACUCAAUUAAUUUUUUAUUUGUAAUUAAAUUAAGAAUAUUUGGAAUGGUCAGGUAUUAGUGUCUUUCUGAUAUUAAUUUAAUUGCUUCAUUUGUUUUAUGUAAUUUAUUCAACUAAAAACUAAAGAUAAUUAUUUUUUUUAUCUAAUUUUAGAACAUUCUUUAUUAUAGUUUAUUCUUAAUUUUACAAAGCAUUUUGUUUAAUGUAUCAUAAUGUUGAUAAGUAUUUCAUUUUACAUUGUAUGUUAAUUAAGUAAAACUAACAAGUUAUAGUUUAAUGCGGUUUUGUUCUUAUGCCAAAUAAAUACUUAUUAAAUUACUAUGUUAUAUUAAAACAUAUUCAGAAAGACACUUUCUUUGAUCAUAUUUUGUGUACAGGGUUACUUAUUAAGUACAUUAUUAAGAAAAACUAAGUACCUAACAGGAAGGAAAUAUUUUUGAAACUGUAUGACACCAUUUUAAAAUUCAAGUUAACAAAUACCUACUAUUUAUCUAGAUAUAACUUUUUUAAUUUAAUUUACAGUAAAACAUUGAUUUUUUCCAAACGGAAACCAUUUAUAGUAACUUGUCCAAAUUUCUGGAACAGAAUUAACCUAUGAAACAAAUCUUAACAAUUUCAUUAUUUGAGAUCCUUGGGAUCAGUGUAUCCCAGCGGUUCUUAACCUGUGGUUCAUGGCCCCUGGGGGUCUAUGAUGUUGGGGUCCGCGGCAGCAUCAACACAUACCAUAUGUCAAUAAGUGACAUGAGUGCAUUAUUACAAAAUUGUUGGUUUAUUUUUUUUUUUCAUAUAUAAUAUGUAAUUUCUACACCAAAUAAUUGUAUUAUUAAGUUAUCAGUUUUCCUUGUUCUUAUAAAAUGUACAUGCGUACAGCACUGUAGUCUCAGGUAGUCUUAGAGAUUUACUGCCACUAAGUGCAGUUGAUCGAUCUUACUCAAUUAUACUUUUAAAUUACAUUUUUAUAAAAAAAUUAAUUGUAAUAAAAAUAACUAUAAAUGUGUACAUUUUGUUAUGUCUACUUAUGUAAUUUCUAAUAUAAAAUAAUUAUUAUAAUUUUGGUUAUGAUAACAUGAGAUGUUUUGUAAAAAAAAGGUAUAAAAAAAAAUUUCGUAAGGGAGUCCGCGAUUUCUAAAAAUCUUUCAUCAGGCGUCCGUGAUCCACAAAAAGUUAAGAACCGUUGGUGUAUCCAGCAUAUUACUGUAUCAGUGGCACCGAAGUGUUUGAAAUAUACUGAUAUUGUACAUCAAGGGGCCCCUCAUCAUUCCCACUUUUUUUAAUUUAACAAUCAGAUUCAAUCAAAGCACCAACAUAAUGCAAUGUUUAAUCAUUUACUUAAACAAUUUAACUUAAGUUCUGGGUCCACAGAAGGAUCCCCUGCAGUACCCUAUGGUUGCUCUCCCCUCAUCUAAAAAAUCUACUAUGACAUAUAUGUCAUAGAUAAAUUAAGUGAUCGGCACCACUGCACGGUAUCAUGUUCAUUGUUAAAAAAAUGUUUCAACUUUUUGAAUGAAAAUUAGCAGCACUACUAAAAAAACAGUCUUUUUCACUACAUAAUAAAUAGUUAAAUUAACUUGACACUUAUGAAAAAAACCUUUAUAACAUCUUAUUUUGUGAAUAAUUCAAUUUUAAUUUUUUCGAAUUCGUAUUCAGUAUUAGAAGUGAUAAAUAAAGUUAGGGGGACAAAGUUUCUUUGCCAUUUAGUACCUUUGAAAAACACUUGUCUGCAUUUGUCUCAAUUAUCAAUAUUCUACUGCAUCUUAUUAGCAACUAUAUUAUUUACAGUGCUCACAAAUAGUUAAAAUAUAACAUUAUAUGCCUAAUCUUAAUUUUUAACUAAAUAGGAUUUGGAUUAUAAUUAUUUCUAAUUUUUUUUACCUUAUGUAGUAUUAUAUUCUGAUUCUAUAUCUCGUUCUAUUUAUGUUUGUCAUUAAUUUAUUCAUUAUAAAGUUUAUCCAACAUAUCAAAUUGUAUGCUCUAGACAAAAAAAAAUAUUAAUUAUUACAUUUGUAUAAGGUAUUUUAAUUUCAGUCUUGACCUCAAUAUUUUAGUGCUUUUUUUCCACAUUUUCUUUUUUGAUCUUAAACUUUAGAGUUUAAUACAAACCAUAAUAAAUAAAAUAAUUGUAUAACAAACAAAAAUAAAAAAAUAAAGUUAAUAAAAAAAACCCGAUAAUUAAUAUCUAAUGUUAAAGAAUGUUGCAUUAUACAUGUACAGUUCAUACACCGUUUCAAUUAUAUGAUAUUUAUUAGUGAUACAAAUACAUUUUAUGAUGACAUUUACUAUGUGCCCUUUACACACAGAACAUUUUUUAGAUUAGCUUAAUCAAAAUAUAGGAAUAAAUAACAUCUUUUAUACAUUGUAUGUAGACAUUAAAAGUAAUUAACAAUUAAUAAAUAUUUGAUAAAUCAGUUUUGUAUUAAAAUAGUAUUUAACUACUUAUACUAAGAUGUUUGCAGAUAAUUUUUUGAAUAUAUAUAUAUAUAUAUAUAUAUAUAUUUUGAUUUAUUAAUAUUUUAAUCUAUAAUUGGAUUUAUUCUAAUUAAACACUAACACAUUGACAAUAAAAUUUUCAUAUUAACUAUUAUUGUGCAAUUUAUUUGCAUGUUUUAUAUAUAUUACAUGAAUAUGAAUGUAACUUUAUUUUAUGAAUUGACAUUUGUUUAGAGGUUUUCAAUUUCUACUUUUUCACAAUUCUAGUCUUAAAAACCAUUUAAUUACUGUACAAAAUAAUAUUACCUAAGAUUUUGUCGUGGUUCGGGUUUAUGAUUUAACAAUCAUUUUAUUGAAUGAUUUUAUUAAAUCAACUAUUUUAUAUAAUAAAAUUAGUAUUACUAAUAUCGGAAUUAAUUAGUUUAUACAUUGACACUAUUAUAUGCUCGUUUUAUAAUUUAGUAUUUAGAUUGAUUAUUUUAAUAAAAUUGUUUAUUGCUAUACUCUAUUUAGAAUAAGAUAGAUACUAGGAGGCCGAUUUAUAUGUGUCCCGAAUGCCGAACCAAGUGGUUGACUUGAUCUUCUUCAUUUUCUUCAGUACUUUUCUUAUUCUGAGUAGAGUAUAGAAAUAUCCGAAUAUUGAUUACAUUUGUAUGUACAAAAUAUACCAUGAAUAAAAUGUACUAAAAUA